GGAUGUCAAUGGCAGGGCGCAGAGGAUUUUGUCCGCUUGCAACCUCAACUUUCACAUCGAUCUAGGUCCUUACUCUGGUGAGCAUGUCCGCAUACUAUCCAGAUGGAGCACGCUCACCAGGCGUUCCCUAAAUUAUGUGAUGAUAUAUUAUCCCUGCCACCGCUGCAUGAUGAAGACGCUGUUUCAUAUCCCGCCACCGUAGACCCCAUCUUCUCGCUACCGUCGGAGCUUCCCGAUAGCUUCUCUCCUCUUCCAUCCCAGCCAGAUGCGACAUCAGUAUCUCCAGAUAGCGGCGGGCCUGCCCCCCCUACACGCCCUCCUCAGCGUCUAUCCGUGGAGGCCGUGAGAACCCUCAAGUCAUGGCUCAACAACCACCCGGAGAACCCAUAUCCCACGACCCAGGAGAAGGAUGAGCUGGCGCAACGCACCAGUCUGACUCGGGCGCAAGUCUCCAACUGGUUUAUCAACGCUCGACGGCGUAAGCGCUCCAGCGGGUAUAUGUCUGCCCGUCAGAGCCCGUCAUUCCUAUCCCCCAUGGAACGCUGGAGGAGCUCGCCACCGGAAAGCGAGGCCGCAGCCACAGAUGACAUCCUGCGAGCUCUCGCCGAUAGCGAUAUUUCCGCUUUUUCGGACAGCUUGCCAUACACCGUACCCCAGUACGCCUGGUCCAGCAACGACUCCAGCGGCUCCUUCGUUCUCGGGGAUGCUUCCAUCAGCAGCUGUGGACGCAGCCAGUCAUCCAGCUCGGAGAUUUCGGUCGCCUUAUCAUCGCAUAGGCCGCCACAACGUCCACCAACCCCACUUCAUCGUCCGUCAUCUCGUCGCCACCGUCGGAAACACAUCCGUCAUGCAAACCGUCUGCAGUGGACUCGUAGGCCCUACCAGUGUACGUUCUGCGCGGACACGUUCGCAACGAAAUACGACUGGCAGCGCCACGAGAAGGCUCUUCACCUUCCCGUCGACCAAUGGCGCUGUUCUCCAGAAGGCGGACUCAUCAUCGACAACAACGGCACACCUGUGUGCGUCUUCUGUCAACAAGCCAACGCAGACGAAGACCAUCUCGAAACAGCACACAACUACAGUACCUGUCUCGAGAAACCAUCCGAGCAACGCAUCUUCACUCGGAAGGACAACCUCCGGCAGCACCUGAAACUAACCCACCGCGUCGACACUUUCCAUGCAGCCAUGCUCACCUGGCGCGAAAGCCGAGGCCACCGUAUCCUCUCCCGCUGCGGGUUCUGCAGCGCAACGUUCCAAUCCUGGCAGGAGAGAGUCGACCAUGUCGCAGAGCAUUUCAAGCACGGUGCCGACAUGAAGCAGUGGAUGGGCGAUUGGGGUUUCGAGCCGGAAGCUCAGCGGCUCGUUGAGAAUGCGAUACCGCCAUAUUUGAUUGGGCGUGAGGCGCAGACGCCUGAUCCGUGGCGGACAUCGGAUGUGUUUCCGAUGCCGCGGGAGGAGGAUGAAGAGGACGAUGAAAUUCCGUUUCGGUGGGAUGUGCCGACUGCUUUGGAUCGGUAUUUUGAUGUGCACCGCGAUCUGUUGGCGUUUAUUCGCGAACAGAUGUCAAAUGGAUGCAGGCCGUCGGAUCAGAUGAUUCAGGAUCGUGCGAGGCUGUUCGCGUAUGAGAGUGAUGAUCCGUGGAAUCAGACAUAUGCGGAUGAUUUGUGUUGGCUGGAGGCGGUUAAGCAGGAAGCUGGGUUGGUUUAGAGAUAGGAGGUUCUGUUUCUAAUGACGUCUUGCCACGAAAUGCGUUAUGCAUCUCUGAGUUGUCUGGCCAUUGGCUAGUUAUGCGUUUGAUCUUUGAACUUUGGAGAUCUCGGCUGUUUGCUGCAUAUGGUAGGCCUUGGGUCAAUGUUACAGCCUUUGUACACCUUUGACAUGAUGGAUUUUUGGUUGACUCAAACGGGUUACUCACUAUUCAGGUGUCCCACGCAAUUAGGUUUUCAGCCUCCCCUCCAUCCACAUUUUGGUGGUAGGACCCUCAGAUGUCGCGAAAAUAUUCCUGGCCCGCUUGACAAUCCCCAGAGUUAUGGGGAUAGAUUAGGUGAUUUUCGUUAUCGCCGGGUCCAAGGAGCACUCCUUGGGGGGUUCGGUCUCCGUCGGUCCAGAUAUAAUGGUGCAAUGUACUAGCAGGGAUGUCCAAUGAUAAGACCUCGAAUCCAGACCACUUGUUAUUCUGUGUAUAUUUUCAGCCUACCUGUGACUGUAACAGGCCAAUCACUGGCUUAUCUAUCUGAUACGGAAGUCAUAUAUAAUCCCGCUUCUUUCUGCGUCAAUCGUGUCUAUUAAUCUCUUGAUCUAUCUCUUGGAAUUACUACCGAAUUCAGAUG